AUGUCGGCUAUAAUACCUUCAUCUCGACGUGAAGAAUUCCUCAAACGCUACGGGCAUCUUCCCAAAGAGUUCAAGCCACUCCGCUUCGAGGACCCGAAUCAAACCCAUCCAGAAUGGUUGCGGGACCUGGCCGGCGUCAUGCCCACCCGCCGCAUCCCGCGCGGCCUCAAAAUGCGGCGCGGCUACGCCUUACAGCCGCCGCGCUUCGACUUUGGUUGGGCGCUGGACGACAACACGAUGUACGCCAUCGCGAACCGGUGCGGGUUCCCCGCCUUCCACAACGAGUGGACUGGCCAAGACAAGCACGGCAACCCAGGCAAACCCCUCCUCGACUGCGCGCUAGCUUCAGAACGGCUGCACACCGUCCUCACCCAGCGAUUUCCGGAGCUCAUGCGCGAGUUUGACCAUGUCGGGUUAGGGAGGGAGGCAAAGUUUGGACCGAUUCGGAUUGAGACUGUGCAUGGUGGGAAGCCUGGGUUGCAAGUGAGGUCGGUCUCGUGCAUCGUUUUGACGGAUAGUCGGAAGAGUGGGAACCGCCGACCCAAACAGGAGCAUACCGAUACGCUUCGUGAGUUCUUUGGGAUUGGAAAGUCGGAGGAGGGGGAGGAAGGCAAGUUUGAGCCAUAUGGUGGACCGGAACCGCUGUGGUGGCUGGAUGCGCAGUAUCCAAUUUGGACGUCCUAUGAUUCGAGGCUUUAUGAGAUUGAGAAUCGGUGGUUGAAGGAACGGUAUUGA